AAAUAGAAAGAGGAAAACAAAAACAUAGUGAUAAAGAACUCAUCACCACAGAGAGAGAACAGGAAAAAAAAAUGGUGCUUAGUGCUACAGUACCCAUCAUCAAUGGAGGUAUCAACAUAAGGGCAAAAUCGGAAUUUCAUCAUUCACCUGUUAGAAAGUUCGAAUAUGGGAGUACACAGAACACUGACUUGGCGUCAUGGAAAACCAGGAGUCCAGCAAUCCGCGUCCUGGCAAAUCCCAAUGCAUCUCCAGGGAGAGAGAGAACAAAGAAGGAAGUGAUCAUGGUGGAUCCUUUAGAAGCCAAGCGAUUAGCUGCGAAGCAAAUGGUGGAAAUCAAAGCUAAAGAGAGAUAUCAACGACGGCGAAAAAUAGAAGCAAUUAACGGUGCAUGGGCUAUGAUCGGUCUCACGAUCGGAUUAAUCAUCGAAGGACACACAGGACUCAGCAUUCCAUCUCAGUUGGCAAGCUACAUAUCUGCAGUCGUUGGGAUCUUUACGAAAUAGAUACAGGCCAAGAUGAGGAACCAAAGACACUAUGAUCGAAGUAUUCGUUAACUCAAAAAACGUGAGAUCACACGAAACUGUUAAUUCUUGUGCAGGAUUUUGGUUUUCAAUCCUCUGCAUUCUUGAUUUGUUAUGGUUACCAUAGUAAAUAUCUUUCCAUUCAGGCUAAAUGUCAAUAAAAUGUAUGAUCAUACUGUUGUGUAUUAUUUUUGGAAGUUUGAGUUCAUUUAGUAAAAAACUCAUUUCUUGUCACCAUGAGCAGAAAUUAGUUUCAUAAUGUAUCGUAUUAGAUUUGGAUUA